AUGGAGAAGCCAAGCGUCGAGGAAACUCUGCUCCAGAGGAGCCGGGACAAGAAGGAGCUAGUUGGGGAGAGCUUGCCGGUGGGUGACGAGGUGAAGCGGCAGCUAUGGCUGGCCGGUCCGCUCACCGCCGGCAGCCUGCUGCAGAACCUGAUCCAGAUGAUCUCCAUCAUGUUCGUUGGACACCUCGGCGAGCUGCCCCUCGCCGGCGCGUCCGUGGCCACCUCCUUCGCCACCGUCACCGGAUUCAGCUUGCUGGUUGGCAUGUCCAAUGCCCUGGACACUCUGUGCGGCCAAGCAUUUGGCGCCGGGCAAUAUCACCUCCUCGGCAUCUACAAGCAACGCGCCAUGCUACUACUCACCGUCGUGAGCAUCCCCGUCGCCUUCAUGUGGUUCCACACCGGCCAGAUCCUGCUCCUGUUCGGCCAGGACCCCGACAUCGCCAUGGAGGCAGGCACGUACGCACGGUGGAUGAUCCCGGGUCUCUUCGCCUACGGACUGCUGCAGUGCCACGUCCGGUUCCUGCAGGCACAGAACGUCGUGCUCCCGGUAAUGGUCAGCGCCGGCGCGGCCGCCCUGUUUCAUCUGCUCGUCUGCUGGCUGCUCGUGUACGUUGCCGGGAUGGGCGGCAAGGGCGCUGCUCUUAGCAACGCCGUCUCCUACUGGGUGUACGUGAUCUUACUGGCAGUGUAUGUGAGGGUGUCGAGCUCUUGCCAGCAGACGUGGACCGGGUUCUCCAUGGAAGCCUUCCAUGGGGCGCAUGACUUUUUGAGGCUCGCCGUGCCGUCUGCUCUCAUGCUCUGCAUGGAAUGGUGGUCGUUCGAAAUCCUCGUGCUACUUUCGGGGCUUCUUCCAAACCCCAAGCUGGAAACAUCCGUUCUGUCGAUCACACUCAACACGGUUAACUGCCUCUUCAUGAUCCCCUAUGGCCUUGGCGCUGCCAUAAGCACCCGUGUCUCGAACGAGCUCGGGGCGGGGCGGCCACGGGCAGCCCGCCUCGCCAUGCGGGUCGUCGUGGUCUUGGCCAUCUCGGAAGGAACUGUCAUGGGGAUGGUCGUGGUCCUCCUGCGCUUCGUCUGGGGCCAUGCGUACAGCGACGAGGAGGAGGUUGUGAGAUACGUUGCCAGGAUGCUACUGGUCAUCUCGGUUGUCAACUUCUUUGAUGGAAUUCAGUGUGUUCUCUCAGGUGUGGCUAGAGGCUGUGGGUGGCAGAAGACCUCUGCAUGUAUCAACCUCGGCGCGUUCUACUUAAUUGGUGUACCGGCAGCCUACCUCGUAGCCUUCACGCUGCGCGUCGGCGGGAUGGGCCUUUGGAUGGGAAUCAUAUGCGGUAUUCUGGUGCAGGUCUUGCUGCUCGUGACCAUCACGCUAUGCGCUGACUGGCAGAAGGAGGCAACCAAGGCGAAGAACAGAGUCUUUGUUUCUUCUCCUCCAAUGGACCUCCUCACGACAUGA